AUGCUCCUCCUCAGAUCCCACCACCUCCUCCUCCCCCACGCCGCCCGCCUCCGCCCGCUCCGGAUGUCGGCCUCCAACCACUCCGGCGCCGGCGCCAGCUCCACCUCCGCCCCCUCGCCGCCGCCGGCCCCUGCGGUGCCCAAGUCGAGGAUCCCUUUCUGCCCAGCUUGUGGAAGUCCGACGAAAUUGGCCGUACCAGACGGGGAUGAGAAGAUGAGGGCUGUCUGUUCUUCUUGUGGGAGAGUGCACUACGAGAACCCCAAAAUGGUUGUCGGUUGCCUUGUGGAGCAUGAUAACAAGGUCCUCCUUUGCAGAAGAAAGAUUGAACCGGCUUAUGGCCUUUGGACUCUUCCUGCUGGUUAUUUGGAAGUCGGAGAGUCUGCAGCAGAAGGAGCCUCAAGGGAAACGUUGGAAGAAGCUUGUGCAGAUGUAGAGAUAGUCUCACCUUUUGCUCAGUUGGAUAUUCCGCUAAUUGGCCAAAGUUACAUUAUUUUCCGAGCAAGAAUGAAGACCCCCUGUUUCUCACCUGGAUCCGAGUCGCUAGAAUGUGCACUUUUUGCUUUGGAUGAUAUACCAUUCGAUUCUCUGGCAUUUUCUUCAAUCAUCGUCACUUUGAGAAUGUAUAUUGAAGAUGUCAAGGCUGGGAACAUCAAAUUCCAUUAUUGCACAAUAAACAAGAGGAUCGGGGCCGGCCCUUCGGAUCUCCGUAGCUUUGAUAUCGACAACCAUUUAGCCGUAUGA